AUGGCCGCAACUAAAACCGCCGUCUUUCUUCCUCUCCUGUUGACGCUACUAUUGGCAGCAUUUUUAUCGUCCUUGGCCGCUGCAGAAUCCCAAACCUCCUUUGCCACAAGGAAGCUGCAUAAUAAUUCAACGUCCGUCGGGAAAGCCCGUGGGCUGUACCAUUUCCCUUCCAACACGACCAGCUUCGUCUACGAGAUGAUAUACAGCUUCGCCUUCACUUACGGAGACUACAACGGCAGCUCCCUCUCCCUUAUGGGUUCCGUCUUCCCGCCACCGUCGGGAGCCGCCAGCGAGCUCUCCGUCGCCGGCGGCACGGGCGUGUUCCGAUUCGCUCGUGGGUACGCCGUCUUGAACUAUGUCUCGUUUGAUCCGCUACGUAGGAUGGUCGUCAACGAGCUCGACGUCUACGUUUCCCAUUACUAG